AUGCCUAAAGACAACCUUCGCUUGCUCUCGCUAGACGGUGGUGGUGUGCGUGGCCUUUCCAGCCUGAUGAUUCUGGACCGACUGAUGAAACACAUUAAUGAAGAUGCGCCUCCCAAACCAUGCGAAUAUUUCGAUAUGAUCGGUGGAACAAGCACAGGCGGAAUCAUCGCUAUUAUGCUCGGACGGCUAAGAAUGUCAGUAACCGAGUGCAUCGAGGCAUACGUGUCGCUCUCUGAACGAGUAUUCCGAAAACAGCGGAGUAAAUGGAAGAUCAACUUCCAUAUACAGGGCCGCUUCAACUCGAAAGAGUUGGCAGAGGUAGUGAAGGAGGUACUCGUAGAGCAAGGUUUCAAAAGGGAUGAGUUACUCAAAGACUCGCCUCAAGCAGGGUGCAAGGUCUUCGUGUGUGCGACAAGUAAACAUAACACCGACACUGUUUGCCUUACAAGCUACCGUACGCCGCGCGGCGGCAAUGAUGACUUGCUCGACGCAGUGACGAUAUGGCAGGCGUGUCGAGCCACCUCAGCCGCAUCCGGGUUCUUCGAUCCGAUCGAGAUAGGAAGAUACGACGAACAAUUCGUCGACGGCGCAACGGGAGCAAACAACCCAGUAAGGGAAGUCUGGGACCAAGCGGAGCUUUUAUGGGGUGCACCGCUUGAAGGCAAGCUGGAGCGCCUAGUAUCGAUUGGAACAGGGAUGCCCUCUAUGCAGCCAUUCGGUGAUUAUGUCUUGGAUAUCGUAGGCACGCUCAGAAAGUUGGCUACUGAGACAGAGAACACAGCAGAACACUUCCGGCGCGAGAAGUCUCAGCUUGCUUCUGAUGGGCGGUAUUGUCGGUUCAAUGUGCCGAGGGGAUUAGAGAACAUUGGGCUGGAGGAGGCGAAGAGACGUAACGAGAUUGCGUCAGCCACGAGGAGCUAUGUGAAACUUGAAGAGGUACGAACUCAAAUGUUGGUGUUUGCAGGCAAAGCGGACAAGCAGAAUCUACCUGGUGAGUAG